GGGGCGCGGCGGGGGCGGGGGCCGGCGGGCAGGGGAGUGCCCGCCCCUCGGCGCCCGCGGCUCCGCCUCGCUUCGCCAUGGUGGAGCGGGGAGACGCGGCGCCUCUGCUGCGCUGGGCCGAGGGCCCCGCCGUGUCCCCGCCGCAGGCCCCGGAGCUGCAGGCUGCAGGCCGGGCUCCGGGGCGCGGCGCGGGGGGCGGCGGAUCGGCCGCCGGGACCCCCGGGGGGCGCGCGCCCCGCGAGCUGCCGCAGCCGGGGCGCCCCGAGCUGGGCGACGUGGAGGAGGACCAGGUGGUGGCCGUGUUCGUGGUCACCUUCGACCCCCGCUCGGGAAACAUGGUGGAAUGGUGCUUACCUCAAGAUAUUGACCUGGAAGGGGUUGAGUUCAAGUCUAUGGCCAGUGGGUCCCAUAAAAUUCAGUCUGAUUUUAUCUACUUCCGGAAGGGCCCCUUCUUCGGCCUGGCCUGCUUCGCCAACAUGCCCGUGGAGAGCGAGCUGGAGCGUGGUGCCCGCAUGAAGUCCGUGGGCAUCCUGUCUCCGUCCUAUACCCUGCUCUACCGCUACAUGCACUUCCUGGAGAACCAGGUUCGACAUCAGCUGGAGACGCCGGGACAUUACUCCCACCUGGCCGCCUUCUAUGAGGACAAGAAGGGGGUGCUGCACGCAGGGCCCGGCAGAGGCGGCAGCCUGCCCCCCGUCUACUGGCUGCCGUCCAUCCACCGCUACAUGUACCCCGAGAUGAAGAUCACCCACCCGGCCGGCUGCAUGUCUCAGUUCAUCAAGUUCUUCGGCGAGCAGAUCCUGGUCCUCUGGAAGUUCGCCUUACUGCGCAAGCGCAUUCUCAUCUUCUCCCCGCCGCCCGUGGGCGUGGUGUGCUACCGAGUGUACUGCUGCUGCUGCCUGGCCAACGUGUCCCUACCCGGCAUCGGGGCCACCAUCCCCGAGUCCAAGCCCUUCUUCUACGUGAACGUGGCGGACAUCGAGAGCCUGGAGGUGGAGGUGUCCUAUGUGGCCUGCACUACAGAGAAGAUCUUCGAGGAGAAGCGGGAGCUGUACGAUGUGUAUGUGGAUAACCAGAACGUGAAGACACACCACGACCACCUGCAGCCGCUAUUGAAGAUCAACAGUGCUGACCGGGAGAAGUACCGGCGACUCAACGAGCAGAGGCAGAUGCUGCUGUACUCCCAGGAGGUGGGGGAGGAGCACAGCCCCUGUGAGGAGGACCUCUUUGUGCUGUUCUUCCUGGAGCAGAACAACCGGAUCUUCCAGACGCUGCUGGAGGUGUCGGCCAGCCAGGACAAGACGCUCACGGCGGAGCACGCGAGGGGCAUGGGCCUGGACCCGCAGGGCGACCGCGGCUUCCUCAUGGACCUGCUGGAGGCCUACGGCAUCGACGUCAUGCUGGUCAUCGACAACCCCUGCUGCCCCUAGGCCGCGGGAACCGUGAGCCGUGGGCGGCUGUGGCCUCCUGC